CGAAAAAUGACGUUUUAGAUGAAAUUGAAAAACUGUGCAAAGUUUCAGAUAUUUUCGAAAUGGUCACUCAGGAUCGACCCCAAAGUUGAGCGAAUCAUUUCGUUGGAGGAGCAAAUAUGUUUGUGGCUUACACUUCCGGCAAGCCCGCAAGAUCAACGGACGUCUUGAAUGAGGAUUGGGUGCCUUCAUUAGGACUACCUGAAUCAUUCAGUGAUAGCAACAGCGACAGUGUUUCACUUAUUUCGGAAUCGAGUUCCACAACUUCAAACAGUAGUCUUGCAAGACGUAGUAACGAUCACUUCUCGUCACAAUCAACUGAUAGUAAAAAUUCUUCUUCAUCCCACACACAAUCGAAAUGUUCGAGAAUGUACCCGUUGCUGAUAAUACCGUUCAAUCCGACCUAGUAUCAAAUGACGACAACUCAAUAUUGAAUGCAUCUCUGAUUCGUAAAGAAGUCGGGGUGCAAGUAGGAGCAAGGUGCUUUCCGGCGGAAACUUUUACGCAGUACUACAAAGAAAUUAUACGUUUACAGGAACAUAAUUAUAGAUUAGAAAAUCAGAUAUCGCAGGCAUGUAAGGGAAUAGAGUUUUUAGUAGAUGAUGCCAAGUGUAAUUAUUAUACAGGGAUUGAAAAGCUAUCGAUAUUUGCUAAGCUUUAUCAGUAUUUGACACCAUCGCUUGAUGAACCAUAUUGCAAGUUCAGCCAAGACCAAAUGUUGGUUAUGACACUAAGUUGAGACUGAAUACCCAAUUCACAACAUUGGCCUAUGAGUAUAAUGUAUGUAUCAACACUGUAUCAAAUUUUUUUCAUAGGACAUUGUACGUCAUCUUCCAAUGUUGUCGAUGGGCAAUUGAACCCACGAAGAGGGAAAACUUGUCCCGGCACAUUCCAUCCGCAUUUCAUAACAUGUUUGGCAGUAAGAGAGUAUUUAUUAUCGACUGUUUCGAGGUACGUUGCCAAACACCAAGCGAUGUUAAGGUAUCAGUGAUGCACUUCAGUAAUUAUAAGAAACAUGAAACGAUCAAAUUUUUGAUAGCAUGCCAUCCGGAUGGUACAAUCGCUUUUGUAUCCAUUGGAUACGCUGGCAGAUGUUCCGAUCGUGAAGUUUUCAUUCAAAGCAAAUUCUUAGAUUUAAUAGGACAAAGGGUUUGAUAUUUCCGACCUUAUUAAGAGUAAGAAAGCCUCAUUAAACAUACCUACGUUCCUUAGAUGAAAAACUCAGUUUACUAUGAAAGAGUUAGAAGCUGACAAGCAAAUUACUUCGCUGAGGAUUCACAUUGAGCGACUAAUCGGAUUAGUU